ACACUUGCUCACAUGAGGGCCAUUAACAGGGUGUUGUAGCCGGUGUUAGGACAACCUUGCAACUAAGGGCGAGUCACUGCAAAAGCAACUAUGCCUUCUUUUUUUUUUUUUUUAGGAGGCCAUAUGGUUCAGUCUUGUGACUACAUAAUUGCCAGCUACCUAAAUCACAUACCAGGAAACAAACAUAGCUAAAGUCAAUAUUAGCUGUUGUAUCUGCUACAGCUUUGAGCUAGGCUUGGUAGGAAAAACCCUAACAGCAGCAAGAGCAAGUCUACGGUGGCUUCUGAAACUUGAAAGUCAUGUCUGCUCCUCUGUCUGGAAUAAUCACAGCAGUACGUUAGCUACAGCUGUCUUCUGCAUUAAUGGCUUAUAGAAUAUCUGAAGAUCUCUUUGCCUUUUUUUCUCCUAACAGGAAUUGCAGCAGGCUGUGCUCCUGUAUAGGGAAGAAAGCCAAUGGUAAAUUACCAUUGUUAAUGGUUGAUCUAUAGUAAAGAAAUUGCUUGAGCCAGUGUCUCUUCAGCGGGUAUUUAGUUUCUUUGAGGGACAUUUGCAAGAAGAUUUGUAGAAAAAGAAAAUGUGUGGGGGUACACCAAAAGCUACAAAUGGCACAGGGGGGCAAAUAGAAAAAGCAAGAAACAACAGCAGUGUACCGCUUGGAACUAAUCUCUCUUGUACCAAUUUGGAUGAAAGGAUUAGAAAAUCUUUGAAAGGUCGAAGUGUCAGCUGUGUGAGCAAAGUGACUAGAUUGCUGCAAAACAGCUGGUCCACUUCAGAGUUUGACUUGAAUGAAAUCCGCCUGAUAGUUUACCAAGACUGUGAGAGGAGAGGCAGACAGGUUUUAUUUGAUUCCAAAGCAGUCCGCAGAAUUGAUGAGGCUGUCAUUCAGAAAAUGGUAGAGGAUGCCUCUGUAAAGACUUCUGCCAAGAACUGCCAAGCAAGCAAUGGGAACAACAAUAUUUCUUCCCAUAGUCCCUCUGUAAACUGUAUGCACAGUAUCAAAGAACAGAUACCAAAGUAUCAGUACACCAGACCAGCCUCUGAUGUCAACAUGCUGGGAGAAAUGAUGUUUGGCUCAGUGGCAAUGAGUUACAAAGGCUCCACCUUGAAAAUUCACUACAUACGCUCUCCCCCACAGCUGAUGAUAAGUAGAGUCUUCUCAGCCAGGGUAGGAAGCUUCAGUGGAAGCAACAAUAAUUUACAAGAUAGCUUUGAAUACAUCAACCAAGAUCCUGGCCUGGGAAAGCUGAGCUCGAAUCAGAAUGGUUUGGGAACCUGUCGCAGUGGAAGUAACUUAGGUGUGUUACAGCUGUGUAGCAGCAAACUGCUGCAGGGUGUGUCUGAAGGAGGUCCCCUCCGGCUCAUCCGCAGUGCUUCUUUCUUUGCAGCCCACAGCACGCCUGUUGAUAUGCCUAGCAGAGGACAAAAUGAGGACAGAGACAGUGGCAUUGCUCGGUCAGCAUCUCUGAGCAGUCUUCUGGUCACUCCUUUUCCAUCUCCAAGCUCUUCAUCAUCAUCUUCCAGCAGCUACCAACGUCGCUGGCUCCGCAGUCAGACAACCAGUUUAGAGAACGGAAUUAUUCCAAGGUGGUCCACUGAAGAAAUGUUUAGUAUGGCUGAUGAAAGCUGCAGCUCCAAUCCUGCAAUAGUUCGGCGGAAAAAAAUUGCUAUCAGUAUAAUCUUUUCUCUGCCUGAAAAAGAAGAAGCACAGAGAGAUUUCCAGGAUUUCUUUUUCUCUCACUUCCCUCUUUUUGAAUCUCACAUGAACAAGCUGAAAUAUGCAAUAGAAAAGGCCAUGAUCUCAUGUAGAAAAAUAGCAGAAUCCAGCCAAAGGGUGCAGGUUUAUAUCAGCCGUGUCAUGGAUGCCCUGGGAGAAUUCAGAGUUACCAUCUGGAACCUAUAUUCUGUUCCAAGGAUUGCAGAGCCUGUGUGGCUCAAUAUGAUGUCCAGCACCCUGGAAAAGAGUCAUCUAUGCCAGCGUUUUCUUAAAGAAUUUACAUUUCUGAUAGAACAGAUCAACAAAAAUCAGUUCUUUGCUGCUUUGUUAACUGCUGUGCUGACAUACCAUCUGGCUUGGGUCCCAACAGUAAUGCCAGUUGACCAUCCUCCCAUAAAGGCCUUCUCUGAGAAGCGCACAUCACAGUCUGUGAACAUGCUGGCAAAAUCCCAUCCAUAUAACCCUCUCUGGGCACAGCUUGGUGAUCUCUAUGGUGCCAUAGGCUCCCCGGUGAGAUUGACUCGAACUGUUAUUGUUGGAAAACGCAAGGAGUUGGUGCAGCGCUUGCUCUAUGUUCUAACUUACUUCAUUCGGUGCUCUGAGCUGCAGGAAAAUCAGCUGACAUGGAGUCAGAAGGCUGGGAUAGAAGAGCAAGUGCUAAAUGGAAGCAAGAUCACAACUGCCCUAGAAAGGGGAGAGGUAGAGGAGUCUGAUUAUGUUGUUGUCACUGUUAAAAAUGAACCUGCUCUUGUGCCUCCAAUCCUACCUCCAAAGAAUGAUGAAAGUAAGAACAAUAGUGUUGCAGAGUGGGCACAUGACCCAGAAAGCACUCAUGCUGUCCCAGCCUCUUCAAAAGAGAAGAAAGAAGCGAUAGGAAAAGCCAGUCAGAACUCCGAAGCAUCUGUUGACUGUCUAACUAGCAAUUUUCAUAAGGGAACGGCUGACAGUAGGAAAAGAAUUGUCACCGAUGCAGGGGUUGUAUCCUACCACUUUGAAGAGCCAUCUAAAUUGGAGGAUUUAACAGAGAUAAAGAUGAACAGGAAUCAGAAUGAGAGAAAAGUGGAAAACCAGUUGUCUGGUAGGUCAUCUGCCUUACCUUGUCCUGAAGGGUCUGGCCACAGGAGUUCACACUUGGAAAAGGUCACUUUUCAGAUUGGAAGUUCAGCAUCACCAGAGUCAGACUUAGAAACUCAUAGAAGAGAAAUGGAAGAAAAUCUGAGAUCAUUGAGAAAAAAUCCAGAGGUGAUACAUUGUUCCUCAAGUUUCACAAAUCUGCCUGUGAAUGCUUCCCAGAAUCAAACAGAAAGUUGCGAAGCUGCCUUUAUACCCUUCAGUAAACGUGAUGUUUGUUAUGCACAAAUCUCACCUUGUAUGAGGAAGGAGAAUAUACUUCACCAACAUACAGAAAGUAAAGAAGCUGAAAUGAAUUUAGUGAACACGAUAUCUAGUGAACCGCUUUUGCCCACGGAUAAUUUAGAAACUGUAAAAUUGCCAAGCCUGAAAGAAACUAGAACUUUAUGCUCUGGCAAUCUGGAGAACUAUUCCCCUAGCUGUGUAGAAGUAGGUUCUGCUGUCAAACAGGAUUCCCCUAAAGUAGGUGCUAAAGAUGUCCCCUAUGGGGAUGCUGGAAGGAAAAGCUCCUUCAGAGCUGAAGGGGACAUUCCAAGGAAUGAGAGUUCAGACAGUGCUCUUGGAGCCAGUGAUGAGGAAGGUGAUUGUUGUAUCUCUGAUGAAGUACAUCAUGAUAAUGUCAGCAAAAGACUUGAAGAGUUUGCAGAAGUGGAACUGCCUUUACCAAGGUCAAAUACAAUCAGCAGUCAAUGUGUGAAAAAUUUUGGAAGAUCACUUCUAGGUGGUUACUGUCAUACAUAUAUACCUGAUCUAGUGCUGCAUGGAAUAAAUAAUGAUGAAAAACUCAAGCAGUGUCUAUUAGCAGACCUACUUCAUGCAAUGCAUCAUCCAGUGCUAGAUGAGCCCAUCGCAGAAGCUGUCUGCAUUAUUGCAGACACAGAUAAAUGGAACGUACAAGUAGCUACAAGCCAGAGAAAGAUGAUGGACAAUAUGAAGUUAGGCAAGGAUGUUUUGGUUUCAAGUCAAGUAUCCAGUUUACUGCAGUCUAUUUUACAGCUUUACAAGCUCAACGUCCCAGCUGACUUUUGCAUAAUGCAUCUUGAGGAUAGACUACAAGAGAUGUAUCUCAAAAGCAAAAUGCUUUCAGAAUAUCUGCGAGGACAUACAAGAGUGCAUGUAAAAGAACUAGGAAUGGUAUUGGGGAUUGAAUCCAAUGACUUGCCUUUGUUGGCUGCUAUAGCAAGUACUCAUUCCCCGUAUGUUGCCCAAAUACUCUUAUAAAUUAAAAUCUCAGGAUAGUCAUUCCCUUAAAGUGAAACAACAUGGGAAUGUUGAAUGAAGAACAGAGGUGCCGGACGCUGGUAAAGGGGAACACUGAGGAAAGCAGGUGAUGCCUAUACCUUCUACACCUUCUGAUUCUGAUUUCAGCUGGAUGUUUUAUUGGAGGACUUCAGUUUACAUGACAUAAAAGGCAUUCAGGUUUUUCUUACAAUCUCACUUCUGACUUAAAGCAAGAAAGUGACUGCAUCCUUGCAUUUUAUUUUUAUUCAAAGGACAAAAGUUAACACUAUGUGGCAGACCAGGAGCUGCCAUCCAAAACGCUGCUCAAAACCAUGAAGUAACAGUUAAAAGAACAAGUGGGUUAAAAUGAAUUUUGUAAUACUGUGCUUGUGAAUGUUGUGUGGUGUAUGUUUCUUUGCUGGGGAGGAGGAUGAGCUGUAAAAUAUGUAUAUAGCAUUCCUAUACACAAGUGUAUUAGAUGGGACAUUUUUUUCUAGCAGAACAUACACAUGAUUUUGUAUAGUAGACAUGAUGGGCUCAGAACAAGGAACCUGGAUUCAGCAGCCAAAUGCAGUGUGGGAAUGAAGGUGUUAAUGAGAUCAUGUGACUUUUCCCUUGAAGGAGAAGAGGUUAAGAAAGCUGUGGCUGCUUCUGUUUUAAUGAGGAGACAUUCAGAUGAGCCCAUGGCUAAAAAUUGAAUGGAAUGGACUUCUGAGAUAGUGGUUUUGUUGGAAAGCCUUAUGGAAUUUCUGCUACAAGUUUACAUUUGUUGCUGAUGCAACUUCAAUAACUCUCUGAGUUUCUAUAUGAUUGUAGCCCUGGGAACUAAACCUGUGUCUUAGUGUUAUCGAGUAUCACUAUUUCCAAGGAGUAUGAAUUUGACAAACAUGCUUGUCGAAUACCAGUGCUAUUAGUGCAUGUUUGUGCGCAUGCACUACACCAAGCAGUGGGCACAAACCGAAGACAAUCUUACUGGGGAAAUAGAAGACAACAAUCAACCCCUCACCAAACCUUUAGUCACAAGUAUUUUUUCCAGCUACUAGUUGUCUCUAAGUAGGAAUAGAAGGAGCAUUGUUUGAAGUAAAAUUAAAUAUAGGGGGCAACCCCCCCAGUAUUUGAUAUUACUAUGAAUGUUUGCAAUUACCCUCUUUGAUUCUGCAAAAAUGUUGAACUGUCAUCUGGGUGCCUUUCCUUAAGAGGUUAACUACUCUGAGACCAGAAACUACUUCUCCACUAGUUGAUACUGGCCUUCUAUGUUUCUAGAAAGCAAAAUAAACUUUUAUAUUUCACAGUUUUCAUCUGAUUGAUAACAUGAAUGUAAAAAAUUGACUUUUUUUUGUGUAAAGUACUGUUAAGCUGGAUAUGAAGCUAUGGACCAGACUGAGGAGAGAGAACAAAGGAUCAGAACAAACAUUAUUGAAGAAAUGGAUGACUCAAUGUUGGACUGUUCUGUUGUGAGACAGCAUGAAUAAGCUGUCUGAAAUGGUGAGCUUUCAAUCAAAUUGCUAGCAACACAAUUGCUUGGGAUUAGUGAAUUCUAAUACGAAACUCCUGGUCACUCUUUGUGAGUUCUCCUCAUUGGUGAUUACAGAUUUUUAACACUGAAGGGACACACUUUUAAUAAAAGUGUUUUUAUUUACCUGGA